AUGCCGUUCAAAUCUCGAUGGUCAGUGGAGAUACCCAACGCCUCCCUACCAACCGUUAUCUUUGAAUCACCUACCCAUCCACUAUCGACGGCCAAAUGCAGCUUUCUCGACGCUGCUCGGCCUGACACCCAUUAUUUCACAGUCCAUGACUACCGCCUAUGGUGUCAGCGGUUCGCUGCCGGAUUGAGAAAGUCAGGUCUAAAACCAGGCGAUCGAGUUCUUCUAUUUUCUCCCAACGACUUGUUCUUUCCUGUGGCAUUUAUGGGAAUCGUGAUGGCUGGCGGUAUCUUCACAGGCGCAAAUCCUACAUAUACACCAAGAGAGUUAGCAUAUCAGUUAAAGGACAGCGGUGCGAAAUACCUUUUAUGCGCCGAUGCAAGCCUGGAUACCGGUAUUUCUGCAGCAAAAUCCAUCGGUAUGGGCCUGGAUAGGGUAUUCAUAUUCAACAGCGCAGUAUUUGACGGAACAGGCCGUGGUGCAAAUGGGUGUCGUCACUGGGGAGACCUCAUCGCUUCUCCGGCCGACGGAAGCCAAUUCUUCUGGGACUCCUUGACGGCUUCAGGUGAAGCAAACCGUACACUAGCAUUGAAUUAUUCUAGCGGGACGACUGGUGUUCCCAAGGGAGUUGAAAUUACACAUAGAAACUAUGUGGCCAACCUCCUUCAAUUCACCAAGACCGGCUCUCUUCAUAAUGACUAUGUCAAUCGGAAUGCUAGAACUAAAUGGCUCUGUUUCUUGCCAAUGUAUCACGCGAUGGCACAAAACAUCUUCAUAGCUGCAGCCCUUAGGCGUGGCGUCCCAGUAUACGUCAUGGCGCGGUUCGAUUUCAUCCAGAUGUUGGAAAACAUCCAAAAAUUCCGCAUCAACGAGCUAUUGGUGGUUCCACCGAUUGCCGUGGCGCUGGCCAAGCAUCCCCAAGUCAAGGACUAUGAUUUGAGCUGCUUGGAGUCAAUUGGAAGCGGAGCUGCGCCUUUGGGGAGAGAGGUUAGUGAAGAAGUAGAAGCCCUGUUCCCUGCUGGACAGCUUCAUGUUAGGCAGGGCUGGGGUAUGACUGAGACCACUUGCUCUAUUCUCGGCUGGGACCCAAAUGAAAAGGGCACGAGUGCAUCUGUCGGGGAACUAAAUGCAAACUGCGAGGGCAGGAUAAUGGCAGAUGAUGGUGUGACAGAGCUGGGCCGGAACCAGAGAGGUGAAAUCUGGGUUAGAGGUCCCAACAUCAUGAAAGGCUACUGGGGUAGGCCCGACGCAACCCGAGAGACUCUCACCGAGGAUGGUUGGCUGAAGACCGGAGACAUCGGCUACGUGACUGACGCAGGGAAAUUCUUCAUCGUGGACCGAAAAAAGGGUAUCCGAAACGUGCAGGAACUUAUCAAGGUCAAGGGAAACCAGGUAGCCCCCGCCGAGCUAGAAGGGGUACUUCUAGACCAUCCAGCCGUAGCUGAUGCAGCUGUCGUUGGCGUAACCAGAGAUGGUGAGGAGUAUCCACAGGCAUAUAUAACCCUAAAAGCUGGUGCAACAGCAAACGCCAAGGACAUCGUCGACUACAUGAAGAAGAACGUUGCCCCCACGAAGCGAAUCACGGGCGGAGUGGUCUUUGUAGACGUAAUACCCAGAAACCCGUCCGGCAAGAUCCUGCGGAAAGUCCUACGCGAGAGGGCAGCCCAGGAGGCACAGCAAGAGCCAGUGCAGGUCUCCGCCAAACUUUAG